UCAUUGCCAUCCCCACCUAUUUAAGCACCCCACCCAAUCCUCUCAUCCUUCCCAUCUUUACUACAACAAACACUUGCCUUGCCUCCUACCUCUAUCUCCAUUUCUCUCCCUAUCUCUGUCACUUUCCUACUCCCCUAACUCCUUCCUAUCCUCAUUCCUAUCUCCACAAACCAACUCCAUUGGCAACAGGUACUCCCAAACUUUCACCUUCUCUGUUCACAGACUCGACCAUAUUCUUCCCAACCACUCUCUACAAACCAGCCAGCCAACCAACCGAGCCGAGCACGCAUCCAUUCGAACAUGGCCGGAAGCAUGUCCGAUCGAUUCGAUUUCUUCUCUCGACGGUGUGUGUGGGUGAACGGCCCGAUCAUCGUCGGAGCCGGCCCGUCCGGCUUGGCGGUGGGUGCAUGCCUGAAGGAGCAGGGUGUUCCUUUCGUGAUCCUCGAGCGGGCCGACUGCAUUGCCUCCCUCUGGCAGAAGCGAACCUACGACCGGCUGAAGCUCCACCUCCCCAAGCAAUUCUGCCAGCUGCCGAAGCUCCCCUUCCCUGAGGAGUACCCCGAGUACCCCUGCAAGCAGCAGUUUAUAGGCUACUUGGAGUCAUAUGCUAAGCACUUUAAGAUCAACCCGAGAUUCAACCAGUCGGUGCAGUCCGCGAGGUACGAUGAGACAUGCGGGUUGUGGCGUGUGAGGACCGUCGGUACCGGCGCUGAGGCCGGAAACCGGAACGCCGAGGUGGAGUACAUUGGCCGGUGGCUGGUGGUGGCCACUGGGGAGAAUGCUGAGAAGGUGGUCCCUGAGAUGGAGGGACUGGCACAGUUUGGCGGCGAUGUCAUGCAUAUCUGCGACUACAAGUCCGGCGACGUCUACCGGGGGAAGCGGGUAUUGGUGGUCGGAUGUGGCAACUCCGGCAUGGAGGUCUGUCUCGAUCUCUGUGACCAUGAUGCCUUCCCAUCGAUGGUUGUUCGUGACUCGGUUCAUGUGCUGCCAAGACAGGUUAUGGGAAAAUCGACGUUCGAGCUGGCUGUUUUCCUACUGAACUGGCUGCCGCUCUGGCUGGUGGACAAGAUUCUACUGGCGUUAGCAUGGCUGGUUCUUGGGAACGUAGAGAAGUAUGGCUUGAAGAGGCCUUCCACUGGUCCUCUGGAGCUCAAGAACACACAGGGGAGGACCCCUGUCUUGGAUAUCGGCACUCUGAGCAAGAUAAGGUCUGGCGAUAUAAAGGUGGUUCCUGGGAUCAAGAGGUUCAUGCCAGGAAAAGUUGAGCUUGUUGAUGGCCAGAUCCUCGAUGUCGAUUCAGUUAUCUUCGCUACUGGAUACCGAAGCAAUGUUCCUCAAUGGCUUCAGGGAACUGAUUUCUUCUCUAAAGAUGGAUUCCCAAAAGUGCCAUUUCCAAAUGGGUGGAAGGGGUACUCAGGGCUCUAUGCUGUUGGAUUCACAAGGAGAGGGCUCUCUGGUGCUUCCUCAGAUGCUGUGAGGAUAGCAAAGGACAUUGGCAGGGUCUGGAAAGAGGAAACAAAGCCAACAAAGAGGCUCACUGCUUGCCAUAGGAGAUGCAUGUCUCAGAUCUGAUGACAUCCCCUUCUUUUCCCCCUACUUAUCUUUGUUCAGCUCCUGCUAAUUUUGUUUCCUCUCCUCCUUUCUCUUGCUGGUGAGACUGAUUGUAGAGUAGUGUAAAAUAGACAAAGUGCAGAGCCCUCUCUCAAUGGAGCCCAAGUUUUGGACAAAGAAUGGGCCUCUUGUACAGAGAACAGUUGAAGAUGAUGAGGCUUUUUUCACUUUUGGGAACUUUGUACAGCAAUUUCAAAUCUUUACUUCAAUGCGAACAGUACCUUCUUUUUGGCUGCUAUAUUUCUGGUUUUCUCAGUGAUCCCUCUCUUCCAUAGACCUAUCCCUUUCUCCCUCCCACUAACCAACAUACUGGAGAAAACAUGGGCUUCUGUGCUUUUUUUUCCCUGUACUUGCUUGCUCGUCUUCAGCUUUGAAUCUGGGACUGUUUUACCUUCACCCUGUCCACAUCU